CUUUUUGUAAUAUGCUGCAAUCUUGUAACUAUCUAUGGUGAGUAAUAGUGGUGCAGGCAAAAACGUUUGUCCAUUGUCUUGUUCAGUUUAGCUGAGAGCGGUACACAGUAACAUAUUUGAGAGCUAGUGAAUGUUCAUGGGAUCACUUCGCGCUACUUAAGCGUUGUCCAUCAUGCCGCCGUUAAUGCUAGCAGGAGAUACAGUCGGCCAAAAGCGUUGGCACUUCAACAAACUUGUCGCGGACGCAGUCGCUAGCAAACAUUAUGAACUAACGCCGAUUGGUGACACAGACAGCGACAUAGACAACCUUCUGAAAAUAGAAAUCGCGUGUAAAGCCAGAAAUGUAGACUACGUCAUCGAAGUAAUGAAAUCCAAAGACAUGCUGUAUGCGGCGACAGCUAUUAAAAAGUCCACGUGGCUAAUCACCGACCCGCAGUACGCACACAUCAUCAACCCUGAGUACCUACACACACAACUAAAACCUUACAUGACCACCAAAGCAUUUAACAAACUCAUGCUUCACGUCAGACUCAAUCUGAAAGAUGAAAGUCGAGUCGAAGCCUUUUAUGAACACUUCAAAGAUACAGAAAGCGGCUGUAAAUGGCUGCAGAACUGUUCCAUACCUUUCAUUGAAAAUGUCAUCAAAAACGAACGCCGUGUUCCAGUAGGGCAGUUCAGACGUUUGUGCAAGAGAUCUGCACGUUUUCUUUUAUACUAUACACGUGCUGAAUCUCGUUGGGGUACUACAAAAGAAGAAGUUUUAUUCCUAUUGAAAUCACACACUGAAGAGGUAAUGAACAUGAUUGAAGACCAGAAACAUAAUCACAUACCUAGUUUAGGAAAAAAGAAAACAAAAAUCAUAAUGAAAAAAUUCCCACAAAAAGUCUUAGACAACUUUGAUAUGUACCAUGGAUCCCUUGACUUGUCUGUUUUUGUGAAAUAUUUACCGAAAAGUGAAAUUAAAACAUUUCUCUGCAAAGCAACGCAAUAUACCUUUAACAACAUGGACACAUGGCGAUACUUCCUCAACAAUAUGGAACAAGAAGAAAGAUUUAAAUUCGUUAAGAAAACCUUGAUCGAUAAAAAUGAUUUUAAAAUCUUAUUCGCAAAAGAUAAACAAAGUUUUUUAGAGGGGAUAAAUACUUAUCAGUGGUAUGAAUUCCUUCCAUUCGACGUAGCAUUUUCUGAAUUAAAAAAUCUAAUUCGGAAGCAAAAUGUACCGGCGAAACGGUUUUCCAUCCUCAUAGUUUUAAUUAGCUGUGCAAGAAAAAGCCCUGAGCAUAUUAAGUCAUUACUUAAGUAUUGUUAUGAACAACACAUCAACGAACCCUACAAAUAUAAGAUUCAGUUCGUUAACGCUCUGUUGUCGAGUGUAUCCGCUCAUGAGUUCGAUGUUGAAACCUGGAACUAUUUGAAUCAAUUGUUUCAUAGUAUGGAAGUGUACAUCGAAUCAAAUAACGACGUACGGCAAUGUCUUGAAGCUAUAAUCCUGUACAAUGUAUUACAUGAUAAACCAGUACCAGAAAUAGUGGAACAAAAACAAUCAUUUAACACUUUCCGAAACAUAAGAAACAGGUUAAACGAUGAACAAAAAAACAAAUUGUUUACGUAUCUGCUGAAUUCCGCAUGGUCAAAAAUUAAAACUGAAAAUAUUGAAAAUGAGUCAAUAUUAGAAGUAACUUUGAAUGAACUGAAGAACGUGUUGAUGUUGUUGAAAGAUUGGAAUAAAACAUUCAACGAUUACCCAUUUAUUCUAGAAAAAAUUCAAGAACUAAUGAAGAUGAAAGAAGAGAAUAAAUGGACCACAGACAUGUCAUGCUUAUACAAUGUGAACAAAUUGUGGCGUAAGUUCAUGUUUGAGGAGUCGCUGUCACUCUCUCUGUGCGAGGAAACGUGCCUGAACGCUCUGAAGCACAAGCCACAGCUGCUGACGCGUCACGACAAACAAAUACACACGUUGCGGACUGACGACGCGGUCUCACUGCGGCGUGUGCUCGCGAAGCUGCGCGUCUACUGGCCGGACUCACUCGCCCGACACUGGACAGAGGCUUACAUGCAAAGUUUUAAUGAACCUACUGGACAAGGAGCUGUUAUUAAAGGUGUCUUUCGAUUGUCUCCUGUAAACCAAGUCAUAGAACUGGGAAAGAAACAUGCUCCUACCAGUUUCAAAAUAAAUUGGAGUGAGAGCAAUCAAGCCGAAAUAAGCUUACAGAAAAAUAUUGCAAAACAUCUGCACGUGGCCAGACCACCCGUUCCUUUGGAUACAGUGUUAUCGUAUGCCAAAGGUGAUUACUUACAAUACGCAGUACCGUCGUUAAACACUAUUCUGUUAAAUCUUAGCGAAAUUGAGAGUCGUGAAUAUUUACCAAAGUUAUUGGAUGCUCCAGUAUCGUUACAAAAAUUUGGGAUACGUCAGGCAUUUUUAAAAUUUGAGAUUAAUGAUUUGAUAACUAUAGUUUCGAAUAUCUGGAACACUACAAAGAAUCCUUCUAUUAGAUCCAUUAUUUUCCUAUGCACAUAUGAUAAAAUUUGUAAGAUUAAGAAUCAGUUCAAAGAAAAAUGUCUUUGGAAAUUGUUAAGUUUAUUUUUAGACGAUAAAACUUUUGAAAAAGGUGUAGGCAUUUAUAAAAAGUUAAUUGACGUCGAUACUAUACCGAGCAGUCUACAGGGAGAAUUUUUCAUGAAAGGUUACAGUAUUUUGUCUUCCUCACCUCACUCACCCGAUAAGGAGUCGUAUUUAAACCAACUAUUACAAUGCACGACAAGGGUAAUGGAUAGACUCGAUGAAGAUUUUGUCGCAGAUAAACUACUAUCGCCAGCAGGAACUAAACUCUGUUCGUAUGACAGUCAGUAUAUAAACUCAUUUGCAUGUUACGUGUUAUGUGGUAACAGUCAAGAAAAUCAACUUCUAAGAUUUAAUAGAGUUUUGCGUCCAGCAAUGGAAGAAGCUUUUCAACGUUGGGAUGAUAAUAAUUCAGGGUCUUUGUAUGUAAAGAGUCAGUUUGAAAGGCUAUUGGAAUAUUUGGGCUGGUAUUUUAUAGUAUAUUUUAGUUUGAAUAAGAUACCUGUGCCUACAAAACUGUUUGCAGAAAUCUUAAAAACUCUGCAGAAAGGUUUGCCUGAAGUAAAAAACUAUGUUUUAAUCACGAGCUGGAAAUUCGUGACUGAAUACAUACAAUUAAUCGGAGAACACGAAACUGUAUUAAAUGCAUUCAAAUUGUCAAAUUUUACAAUUUCCGAUUUCGUGGAAAGUACAGACUAUGUUUAUAUGGGCGAGGAACCGGAAAAAAAUUGGCGAAACAAUCAUAAAAAAUUAUCACCAUUUCUAGGUCCAAAGAUAGUAUUAUUUUUAGAAAAAGAUUGCGAGAAAUACGGUCCUACAAUAUACAAUCUGUUCGGGAGUGCUUUAAAAAAUAUGUUUAAGAUGUUGACAUUUACAAGUGAUUCGUAUAUUGUGGACACUCUUAAGUAUAUGUUGGUCGAUGAAAACUUCGUUGCCAGCUACUUACUCGUGUCCCUAUGCUUGCCUCAACAUUGCAGCUCCUCGCUUAAAUCUGAGGCGUUAGAAUUACGUGAAAAACUUAAAUCAAAUCCAUCUAAAAUUGCAAAGUUGCAUUAUUCUGACUUGCCAUCAUCAAAAUCGUUAUUAGCAUGGCAAUAACCAGAUUUGUAAGAAAUAAAAUAAACAGUGUUCGUUUUAAGUGCAUUAUAAUUAAAGAAACAAUAUUCAUAAUAGGAUAAGUUAAUUUUAUUAUAAUUAGAUAUGAUAGAAGGCAAAUACCUAAGUGUUAAGUGCAGUACUAUAAAAUAGAUUACUUUUUGUAACCAUAAUAAGCAAAUAAAUGAAGCUUUACAACUGGAGUUAAUAACUAAGUUUUAUAUUUAUAAUCAUUGUUUUAAUAUAAAUAUUUUUAUUUUAUUAAACUUUUUUCAAACAAUUACAUA